AUGUAUGAAGGAGCAAAAGUCCCUGAUAUUUGGCAAGCACCUGACCUAUUAUGCGUCUUAGUUCGGUCCGCAAAUGCUUUGGCAAACGACGUGCUGACAUGGACCACUUCAAUCUCCCGAUCUCGUGUAUCAACUGUUGAUGGCUUGGGGUUCAGCGAAAAUGUUGAUGUGGAGGCGAUGAAUAGUUUAGAGAGUCUCCUGCGUACAGUACAACAAUUGAAGCUACAGAGACUCCGGGCUGAAGACCUCGAAGAGAUCCGAUUCGUUGCGGCUGGAGAGACCUUUGCUGUCUCCGAAUGCAAGUAUGAAGGGACUGUCGUCGCCAUCAAACGGAUCCGACUUAAUGAAGAUGGCCGGGGAGGCUCGGAUCGCCAAUACUUCCAGCGGCGUCUACAAUCGGUCCUGCGCGAAGUUCUGAUUAUGUGCCAUCCACCCUUGAGCUACCAUCCCAAUAUCAUUGACCUCCUAGGAUACGGCUGGAAUCUAGAAGGACAGCGGACUUCGCCCUUCAUUUCGGUUGAGUUUGGCUCCAAAGGAACCCUCAGAGCGUACAUGAAAGAUGGGACUCAGCCACUGCGGAACAAAUUGAUUCUCAUGGGCGAUGUGGGCGCCGGAUUAAUGGCACUACAUAAGUGCGGGAUUAUACAUGGCGAUCUGAAGAUGGAUAACGUUGUGGUAUUCGCGUCCUUGGAUCGGCCUAGCGGGUCGAUUGCAAAAGUGUCGGAUUUUGGACAUUCUAUCAUUGUCAGCUCGGCCUCAGAGAAACGGAUCCAAUACUUUGGUACUUCCCUAUAUAAUGCCCCCGAGGUAUCGGAACAGAAAAACCAACCGAUUCCCGUGGAACAGCUCCACAAAUGUGAUAUCUGGGCUUUUGGUCUAUGCGCAUGGGAGAUCCUGUCUAACGGCCAGAUCUAUUUCCAGCGGAGCUGGCGCUAUAACCCUCUUUUUGAACGCUCUUCAUCCCAAUCGACGCCAUUGACCUCUCCCGGGGGUUCGGAUGCCCCCGAAGAACUCUCAAUCGAGGAAGACGACCAAAAUGUGUUUGGCCGAUUUGAUAUUUCCAAUUUGAAAAAUCUGGCAGUCGAAUUUAUCAAUAACAUGAAAAUUCCCGGCAGUAUUGGCUUUGAAAAGGGGUUUUUGCGGCCCUUAUUGGAUCGGACUCUGCAGAUGGACCCUGCCAAAAGAAUAUCGGAUCUGAGCCGACUCCCGAUCAUUGUGUCCUGGCAUAAGACUCCUGGAGGGCAUUCGCUUCAGUCAAAAUUAGCAACGUAUGCAAUUUCUGGAGACAUCCGAUACUCCAUUUUUAGUCGGGAUGCGGGGCCAUACAUUAUUUGGGACCAACAGCAACAGCUCUUGCUGGAUUUCGAGGCAGUGGCUCAAAAGUCCCAAGGCCAAAAGAGAGACUCCUCAAUUGUUUUUCAGACAAUGCUUUGCUAUGUGAAUAUCUUUGGAACAUCCAAGGACUUAGCAAAGGCAGCCCAUUUCCUCCAUAUGGCUGAAGAAGCGGGCCAUUUGAUCGCUCGUAUAAUGGGACCCCGCAUGCUUGAUGGGUUUGAACAAAAUUCUAUCAACGUUCAAAGGGAAUAUCACGAAUGUCUUGCCCUUGGAUUCAGUAUUCUUCGAUCUCCCGACCUAGUGUCCCCUAUGGUCGUGACUCAUGGCGAGUCCACCACUAAUUUUACCAAUUACGCCCAUUUCCGAGAGAUGUACGUGAAUGGAGAAGUUAUCAUGAAUUGGCAAAAGGAGACGAUACAAGAAGCCCUUGUCACUUUGGCCAACCCGAAAGCAUCUCCAAAACCGCAGAGUCUGUUGGAAAUUGCCGUUCAAUAUGAUAAUCUAGAACUUAUGGAGAAGUUGAUUCCAUUUUUCGCAGACAGGUUAGAUGAACUGAACGCGGUAGGAGAGAGUCUUCUUGUGCAGGCAGCUUCGCGAGGCCAUGGAGAAAUCGUCAUUAGCCUAUUGAAAGCAAAUGCGAAGGUGGCGCCCAAGACUUCGGCAUCGCUUCUCCACUGGCUCUUUUGUCUGGACGAGUCCACUCUUGCAGAGAUACAGGAUUUGCUACAGCAUCCGUCCCGCAGAUCCGAUCUCGAGCUGAGUGUGGACCAUGCAAUGACGGAGAAAAUUGUACUUCAUCCUCAAUGGCCUUUCCAGGUCGAUGGCACGCCUCUUGCGGUGGCCAUCGCCGCAGGAAGCAUUGCCGCCGUCAAACUGCUGCUGGAACUCAAGGCCGAUCCUCUGGCCCCUACUUUUGUGGCUCCUGAGGGUGACUCGGCGCCAAUCCUGACUCCGAUCCACCUUGCGGUACGCUAUCAUUCGCCAGAAAUACUAGUGAUUCUUUGGAAAGCGGCAUUUGGCGAAGAUAAAACUACUGGAAUCUGGGGACGCCCCGUUGCGGCCUUGGGCUCGUUCCCCAUCGCAUGCACUUUGAGUCUGUUGACGAAUGCCGAGAGGCUGGCUAUCCAUGGAAAUGAACACAAAGAUAGACUUCGCAGCACGAUCCAGCUCUUGUCCUUGGCCACACUGCUCCAAACCUCGCCGGAAGGCAGAAAUGCAAUCACCCAGGCAAUUGACCUCGAAGAUGUCGAUUGCGUCGAAUUGCUGCUCGCACGGUGCCCGCAGCUCGCGGGCAGACAAAUCGGCCAAACCAACAACAAAGCAAUGUUUACCUACCCCUUCCAUUUCGCGGUCUUGGUCGGUUCCAACCGUGAUACAGCGGAGUCUGAGCAAAUCCUAGAAACAAUCCUGAAGCUUGACCCUUCUGCGUUCGACCGACCAGACAGCAUCUCCACCAAACCAUUGCAUAUCGCCGCGAUGGGCUCUUCGGACCGAAUCACUAAGUUCCUCCUGAACCGUGGGGCUUCAUGCAACGAUCUCGCUGACAGAGGGCAGAAUCCUUUGCAUUUCUGUCGCGUGUCAGCAAAUGUCAAGACGCUCCUGCUCAAUGGCGCGGACCUCGACCAGCGAAACCUUCAGGGAUUCACCGCAGUCCACGUCGCCGUAACGCGAGGUGCCACGGAUGUUCUGAAGUGUUUGAUUGAGGCAAAGGCGGAUCUAAGCUUCGGCGACAAUGCAAUCGGAACACCGCUUCACUGUGCAAUGCAGCGCAAGUCGCGUCCGAUGGCCGAGAUGCUUGUCGCCGCCGGAGUCGAUGUCAAUGCUCGAAACGGACGUGGCAGGACUCCCCUCCAUCUCGCUAUGGAUGCUGGACGAUCCGAUCUCGCCUCGUUCCUGUUAGAACACGGAGCAGACCCCUUCAUCGAGGACAAGCAUGGCGCGUCCGCUUUCCGGAUGUCUCUAGCGUGGGAAAAUGCCAGCGUUUUCCAGAAAUUCCAACAACACCCUUCGUCCCGCACGAUGUCCAUGUCGAGCCAUAUCGCAGCUCUACAUUUCGCAGCGGGACAAGGUGAGCCCAUCGUGCUGGCCCAGUAUCUAAGCACACUGUCUCAAGCAAUCCUCAACGUGCAACGUCGCUAUGCCACGACCAUCCACGCCGCCGCCGCGACUUGCCGAGUCGAUCUUCUCGAAGUGCUGGUGGCCUAUCGUUUUGACCCCCGAAUCGCAGAUCACUAUGGCAACACAGCGCUUCUCGUCGCCGCCCAGGCAGGGCGUUCGAAGACAGAAUUCUACGCAUAUUACCGCACCUAUAUGUGCGAGAAGCUCCUCCAGAGCGGAGCCGACCUGCUCGCCAAGAAUUACAAGAACCAGACGCCAUUCCAGAUCGCCCGGGCGCACGGCGACUGUCCACUAAUGACGCUCUUCCUGCAACACGUCCUAACCACGAAUGCCAUCGACACGGCCAAGAAACGCGCUCGCAUCGUGGCCACUCUGCGUAACCCGGCCGAUGACGAGAAGAACUGCGAAGAAGCGAGACGGGCCAUCGGCGACGAGCUCAUCGACCCGCAACUAGUAGCGUAUGCCGCGUCGGUGGAAGAAUGGGACUUCGUGAUGACCUGCAUCGGCGGGCACUUUGUGAGCAAGACGGCUCUCAGAACGGCAUUCAAGCAGACGCACUACACAGCGCCAAGCGUGGACAGUAUCGACCUGUUGCGCUACUUCGCCGCGGAUAUGGACCGCGAAAUGGUGCGAUACAUCCACGCCGGCCGGCCGGGGAACUCACCGGAGGGUGGGCACGGCGCGCGCAGCGUUGGCCGGCGGAACCUGGACAUCGAGUUCGUCGAGGCGCGGAGGAGCCUGAAUGAGAUGUUGUGGCCGGAGAUAAUAGAGUCGAAGCGGAGUGAAGCGCAAAGGAAGAAAUGGCAAGAGGAUCCUGACUAUAAAUAUACGGAGAGUGCAUUGCGCAACAUCUGGACAGGCGUUCGAGAGGCACAGGACACGUUAGUGAGAGCGGCGUCCUCCGCGGUGAACAUGGCUUCUCGGAUGGCCGAAGAAGAAGAUAUUGCGGAUUUCCUUGCCUAUUUCGCUUCUCGGGUGCAGCCAAUCAAGUCCGUGGUAGAGAGGGCUUAUCGGCUUAAAACGCUGAAGCUCCACUGCGGAGAGCAGAGAGAUAUGAGUUCAGAGGUGGAGAGGCAGAAGUUAUGGCUGAAUUUGUUUAUUCGGGCUGGCCAUGUAGAGGGAGUACAUGGUUUGUUAUCAGAGGCGUUCUCGUAUAUAAACGGGAAUUUGGAGGCAAUGGGAUAUUAUGGCGAGAAGAAAGUGGGUGACAAGGAAGAGAAUGGUGAGGAUGGCAAAGCGAAGAAAGAUGAUGAGAUAGAGACGGAUCAGCAGAAUGAGGUCAAGAACGCCAGGAAAGCCGGUCUGAAACCACAAGAUAUUUCCUGGCUGUACAGCCUACCAGAGAAUAUAAAACAUCUGGAGAAACUGGGAGUCCAGUCUCAGAUAGCAUUGAGCAGCUGGGUCGAAGAGCCGGAGAGAAUUGACGAGUGA